AUGUCUGAACAGGAGCGUCCAGAACAAACUCGCCAAAAUAUCUCAUCCAAACAUACGCAUGGUAUCACCAAGAGGUACAUAUGUAAAUAUGAAGGAUGUACAAAGUCUUUCUCCAGGUCAGAUCAUCUUAAAAGGCACAAUUUAAACCAUACCACAGGAAAAAGUACAUGUCCAAGAUGCUCAGUUCACUUCUAUCGACAAGACUUGCUCGACCGGCAUUUGGCUCGCCACAAGCAGAGGGAUGAUGAAGCCGGAGGUUAUGGUUUGGGAGUCGUAGAGACCAGGAAAAGGUUGUGGCGUGAUGCUGAAGGGAACCUUGUCUCCAAGCGACCAACACUACCUGAAAACAAUCCUUCCUCCUCGUCUAUGCAGGAAUACGUUCCAUCGGAUCAACCUUUUUUGGAGAUACCUUACCAUGCUACGGACCUAAUGAAUCAAUACUCAGAACCAAUUUCGCCGCCAGUGAGCUCGUCCUCGAGUCUCAGACAACAGCAACAGGGACAUCCCCCUGUGAAUCAUGUAAGCAAUUACUGGCAUCCUGAAGUGACUGGGCCACUUGAUGGCAACGAAUCCACAGAGCUGUAUGACUUCUUGGCCAAUUCUUCGUGGGGAUCACAGUCUUUGGUUUCUGCUCCAGGAGUCGAUGAUAAUAUAUUUAAUCCCGAUACUGCGAGUUCCUUCAACAUGCCUUUCACAACGAUGAAUAAUUACAGCUGGCUUUUUGACGUGGAUAUUCUAGAGAAUGACACGACAUUUCCAAUGGGUACCUCCGUAUCUCAGAGUCAACGUCCUGCAGCAUCUACAUCAAACCAUCUUGAGCAUUCCAGAACUAGUAGACAAUCAGAAUUAUUAUGCACAAACGACACAGCCACCAUUUACAUUCGAUCAAACGCCACGCCAAAUCGGGAAAGCUCGGCACCAGCGUCGACUGUUACGUCGCUUGAACCUCAACUUGAAACGAUGCAAAAAGGGCCAGUUAUCAGAAGUUCCAUUUUUACUCCAUCCCGUCCACUCCAAACUUUCGGUUAUGUUCGCAAUGUUAAAAGUUUACCCAUUAUCGAUGAGGUUACCCGCUAUCAUCUUCUGGAUCUUAUUGUUCAAGCCAGCCCAAAAACGCCAGAAGGAAUUUUGAUCACCCGACAGCAUCCUCUUUUGUCGCUUCCCGCUCUUCAAAAUUAUUGUGACUUAUUCUUCUGUCGAUUCAAUCUAACAUAUCCAUUAAUUCAUCAAGCCACUUUCGAACCUUCUCAAGUUGAGCCGUUAUUACUCGUUUCUAUACUACUCCUGGGCGCGACAUACGGUGAUAAGUCUGGCCACGGCUUAGCAGUAUGUAUACACGAUGUUCUCAGAGCCCAAAUAUUUCAGAAUACUGCCUUUACAGCGCAGCCAGACCUUUGGAUACUGCAAACAAUUUUACUGGUGGAAUGCUUUGGAAAAUCCCGAGCAGGACAAACUCAACAUGAUAUGUCUCAUCUUUUCCACGGAUUACUUAUCAAUCUCAUACGAAGAAGCAACUGCCAAACAGCUCAACAUCGUAGUGUACAGGAUGUGUCGGAGGAUAAAGAGACACAUUGGAAAUAUUUCGUGGAUGUGGAACAUCGAAAAAGGCUUGCUCUAUUAUGUUUUCUCUGGGACACGCAGCAUGCAGUGCUAUUUUCUCAAUCACUUUGUAUGUCGGCCUUUGAAUUACGGCUAUCACUACCAUGCAGUCCAGCCUCAUGGGAAGCAGACUCAGCUGAAAAGUGGUACAACAGUUUCAAGAACGAGACAGAAAUAUAUUUCUUGCCGGUGCUGAAAGGCUACGUUAAUCUCAGCUCCGCAACGGCCUCGACACAUCUCAAUGCUUUAUCAAGAUUACUAAUUCUCCACGGCUUGAUGUCUAUUUCCUGGGAUAUGAAAAGAAGAGAGCAGACUUCUCUUGGUUUUGCCGGCUCUACUGCUCUCGAUCGUCAGACACGUCUCGCAGACUCAUACGAUAUGUGGAAGGCAGAGUUUGAUAACUACUGUAUGACUAUGACCAUCCAGUUGAAAGAUGAUACUGCCCGCAAAAAGGAGUUCGUACAAUUCAGCACAUCCAGUAUUGCUAUAUUUCAUGCUGCCCACAUCACCCUUGACGUCGAGAUUUUGGAUCUCCAGAUAUACGCGGGCGCGCGACAUAUAAUUGGACGUCCAGUAACUCGAACAGAUUACGACCGAUCACGUCAGAUCCUCAAACAAUGGGUAAAGCCAGGCAAGUCACGGGCUGCAGUCAAUGCUUCAUGGCAUGCGGCAUAUUUACUCCGUGAUGGAAUCAUGAACCUCGAUAAUUGGGAUGUCAAUGAUGCUUUCCAUUAUCCUUGGUGCUUAUACCUAGCUACUCUGACAUGCUGGGCAUUUCACGCGGCUACUAACGACUUGAAUGACGCGAAAAGAAGUGUCACAUCUACGGGGGCACAAAAUGAUGAUUUGUGGGAUGCACAGACAGAAAUGAAUACCCUUGUUAGCGGAAUGACGAGUGGAACUCCUGAGAGUUUGCGGAAGAUGGCAGGUAAAUAUGCCACUUCUGGCUUAACUGCUAUGAUGGGCAAACAUUUGGCUACUAUACAGUGGGCAGUCGUGCAUGAAGGCAUGAAAGUUCUACGGGGGUUGGCCGCAGAUAGGAGGAGUAAUGAGUAA